UACAAAAUCCGCGCAUGCGUAUCACGAAUUUCCUGUGCCGCCAGAAACAAGAUCGGUAAAUAUUGGUUUCGAAAAUCAAAUCGUUUUUAUAAAUAAACCAAGCUCCCGGGAAGUCCUGACAUAAUUAUGUAUUAGAGGCACAAUUAUGUAUCUCAUAGUUGAAUUUCAAUCGAAUGAAAUUGCCCUGGUUCCAAAGGAAUGGAUGGUGGCUUCGGGAAGAGAAGUACGGUAUCCUCCGUACAAAACCGACUUAAGGAUAAGAAAAGCUGCACGGAGCAGAGAGCCGCCAUCAGAAAACUGGACUUACGAGCAAGUUAAAAAGAUCUUGUACCAAGAUGAGGACUAUGAAAAGGUGAGCCUUCGAAUGAAAAAGGCAGAAGAGACCUCUGACCUGGCCACCUCUGAUGAAGAAAGAAGCAAAAGAAAGAGAAAGCCAGCGAAAAAAUUGUAUGAAUCUGACUCUGAUUCUGACUUGUCAGAUGACAAUGAAGGACCAAAGAGGAAGCCAGCCUCAUCAUCCGCACUGACUUCUGACAGUCCAGGAUCGCAGUCACUGUUUGCUGCUACAAGAUGUACCUACACUCCACCACCAUUACCAUCACUGCAUAUGUCUGCUGUUUCCUCGCCAUCAGUUUCCCACAGGCCACCACAAGCAACACCCAGUCCUGUAGCAGGAGGCUGUUCUAGUACACCAGUUCGUCCAGUGCAGGCCCCACUGGCACAUUCCAUUGGAACAGGUGCGGUCACACAGAUUUUGACAAUCUUGGAGGAAAUGCGGGAAGAGCAAAGGGGGAUUAAGAGACUUCUUAAUCAGUUGGUGUUGCAAGGAGGCCCGGUCCCAGACAACAUGAAUGCUCUUCCGGAGGGAAUUUCCUUCCCAGUGUCAUCCCUGGAAGCAAUGGAAGCCUUGGAGGAGCUACUUCAGGACGCCAACAAUGCAACAGCUGUGGCGAGAUACAUGUAUACCAUUGGUGGGGUAGAUAUAAGAGAGAUGGUUGACAGAUUUAUGAAGGAGACGCUCACCAACAAUGUUGCAAAAAUGUACAACAUGAAGGGGUUGAAGGGCAAACAGAAGUUCGGAGACUUGUCACUGCUGAAAAUCCUGUUCCGAUGUGUCCAGAGGAACCCAGCCACCCGUCAAUCGACAUUGAAGGACGUUGACCUGGAAGUUUCCAAAUGGUUGACAGGUUCAAGAGACCGUGAUGGGGGGAGGACAAACCGGAGAAAGAGACCAACGCAAGGAAAUUCUUCAGACAAUGCUGAGGAAAACUGA